CCCCUCGGUCUUCAGCUCCUUCAGAUCGUGAAGGAGUCUCAGCAGCAGCACGGUUUGCGACAUGGAGACUUCCAGAGGUACAGGGGUUAUUGCUCCCGGAGGCUGAGGCGGCUCCGAAAAACUCUCAACUUCAAGAUGGGCAACAGGCACAAGUUCACUGGGAAGAAAGUAACUGAAGAGAUUCUCUCAGACAACAGGUAUUUGCUGUUGAUUCUGAUGGAUGCAGAGAGAGCCUGGAGUUACGCCAUGCAGCUGAAACAGGAAGCAAACACAGAGCCUCGCAAACGAUUUCACUUGCUGUCUCGCCUGCGCAAAGCCGUGAAACAUGCCGAGGAGCUGGAGCGGCUCUGUGAAAGUAGCAGAGUGGAUGCCAAAACAAAGCUGGAAGCUCAGGCAUACAUGGCUUACCUCACGGGAAUGCUGCGUUUUGAACACCAGGAGUGGAAGGCAGCAAUGGAGGCUUUCAACAAGUGCAAGACCAUAUAUGAAAAACUGGCCAAUGCUUUCACAGAAGAACAGGCUGUGCUGUACAACCAGCGUGUGGAAGAGAUCUCGCCCAACAUUCGCUACUGUGCCUAUAAUAUCGGUGACCAGUCUGCUAUGAAUGAGUUGAUGCAGAUGAGGCUGAGGUCUGGUGGCACUGAAGGUCUUCUUGCAGAAAAGCUGGAGGCGCUGAUUACCCAAACGCGAGCGAAGCAGGCAGCCACGAUGAGCGAGGUGGAGUGGAGGGGAAGAACCAUUCCGGUGAAGAUAGACAAAGUGAGGAUCUUCUUGCUGGGGCUGGCUGACAAUGAAGCAGCGAUUGCUCAGGCAGAAAAUGAGGAGACAAAGGAGCGUUUGUUCGAGUCUUUACUCAGUGAGUGUAGAGAUGCCAUCCAGGCUGUGCGGGAAGAUCUGAAACCAGACCAGAAGCAGCGGGAACACUCUCUGGAAAAUGAUUCUGUGAAGGUGUCCAACAUCCAGUACUUACACAGUUAUUUGACUUAUAUCAAGCUGUCGACAGCCAUCAAGCGCAAUGAGAGCAUGGCAAAGGCUCUGCAGAAGGCACUGCUGCAGCAGCAGCGGUCAGAAGACGACGGCAAGCGUACGCCACGGCCUCAGGACCUGAUCCGUCUCUAUGAUAUCAUUUUGCAGAACCUCGUGGAACUGACGCAGCUUCCUGGCCUAGAAGAGGACAAGAACUUCCAAAAGGAGAUUGGAUUGAAGACGCUUGUGUACAAAGCUUACAGGUGUUUCUUCAUUGCACAGUCCUAUGUCCUGGUAAAGAAAUGGAGUGAAGCUCUUGUUUUAUAUGAGAGAGUAUUGAAAUAUGCCCGUGAAGUUCAGUCAGGAGCUGGAUCUUACACCAACAGCUUGAAGGAGCUGCCUGAUGUUCAGGAUCUGAUCACUCAAGUCAAUGCAGAGAAAUACUCCUUGCAAGCAGCAGCUAUAUUAGAUGCAAAUGAUACUCAUGAGACUGAGUCUCCAUCUCAGGUCAAGGAUGGCAAGCCACUCUCGGAACGGUUUGAGACUUUCUGCCUGGAUCCUUCUCUUGUCAGCAAGCAAGUCAGCCUCGUGCACUUCCCUCCGGGCUUCCAGCCCAUCCCAUGCAAACCCUUGUUCUUUGACCUGGCCCUUAACCAUGUUGCUUUCCCACCUCUGGAGGACAAGGUGGAGCAGAAGGCCAAGAGUGGCCUCACAGGAUAUAUAAAGGGCAUCUUUGGAUUCAAAAGUUAACCGGGACCCCCUGAGGAACAGAGGUUUUAUUCUGUGUUGAAAGAAAAGCUCCAAGAGGUUCUAGGACACAAAGGUCUGCACCUGAAACCAACAGAGGGAGGUUUUACCAUCUUCUUCCCUGUGUUCUGUGUCUAUGUGUGUGCACUCACAUUCUCUCCCAGUGUAUUAAAGACAAAUGAUCUAUUUGGAAGCAUCCGUACACUAUAAAUAGCUGAAAAUAAUCUGGAGAACAGAAAAAUUCCAUUCUGUGUGGGGGAAGUUGGCCUGGUCAGGGCUGAUACACAUCUACUUAGCAUGGACCAGGGCUUAGGUAUAAUUUGAUUUCCUCCCUCGGUUUGAUACUGUAAUUUGGGAUUUUGGUCUAGAAAUAUGGGUGUGAUUGGAAAACAGAGACAAAAGUAGGUGCAGAACUAAACCAUCAAGGUGAGGCUGCCUACACCAAGGCUAUGAAACAGUAGCCAAGGGGCUAACUUCUCUUCCCUUUUGACUCCCAGUCCCCACUGAGAAACACAGUUUUGUAAAGAGAAGUCUGUUUAAAAAAAAGUGACAUUCGGAAAUGACAAAAUAGAGCCUCUUUCCUUAUCGAUAAGGGUGGCAAAUUCCUUCCCAGAUGUUAAUGGUUGCCCCAGUUAGGAUGAGGCAUAACCUGAAUUUGUACUCUGGACUGACAGGAUCCUUCUUUAUCCAUACACGUUUUGUUAAACACCCAAAUACAGUGUAGAACCUAUUCCUACAAGGCUUUUCCUGGGAAACUAGCUUCAUGGGCGGCUUUAGAAAUAGUUACUUGCUCUUCGUGGGAAGUUGGGUCUCGCAGUGUUCGUUUUGUCUCUGAUCUAAACCUUGCCUGAAAACACGAUGAUCUU